AUGUCUGCUUAUGUAGAUAAUGAAACCAGUAUAACUGGAAGGGGAUCGAAGUUAAUUAAUGGAACGAUUUCGGCUACAAACAAGACACAUGAAGUAAUGGUGUGUUACUCACCUAACAUGAUCACGACGAGCGGUAUCUGGCAAGGUGAUAAUCCACUCGACUUCUCGCUUCCUCUCUUCAUCUUGCAGCUCACCAUCAUCGUUCUUAUUACUCGCUUUCUUGUAUUCAUCCUUAAACCUUUGCGUCAGCCUCGCAUUAUCGCAGAAAUUAUUGGUGGUGUGGUGUUGGGUCCAUCAGUGUUGGGAAGGAGCAAAAGGUUUGCAGAGUCAGUUUUCCCAUUGAGGAGUGUGAUGGUAUUGGAGACUAUGGCCAAUGUAGGUCUCCUCUACUUCUUGUUCCUUGUGGGUGUUGAAAUGGACUUAACUAUGAUCAAGAGAACAGGAAAGAAGGCAGUAACAAUCGCCAUAUCCAGCUUGAUAUUGCCGUUCAUCAUUGGUGCUUGUUAUGCCAUAAUCCUCAUGAAAAUGGAGGAAGAAGAAGGAGAUAUUAAGAAAACUCCAGAACAAACUAAGAUCUUCUUCCUAUUCUCUGGGGUUACCCUCUCUGUUACAGCAUUCCCGGUGCUGGCUCGUAUCCUUGCAGAGCUCAAGCUCCUUAGCACAGAGUUAGGGAGGGUGGCCAUGUCGGCGGCUCUUGUCAACGACAUUUUGGCUUGGAUCCUCCUUGGCUUAGGUAUUGCACUUGCAGAGAACAAUAAAGUAACAUUAGCCUCUCUUGGGGUUAUCCUCUCCACCAUUGCCUUUGUUAUAUUUUGCAUCUUCGUGAUCAGACCAGCCAUUGGAUGGAUUAUACGACGUACUCCAGAGGGUGAGAGCUUCAACGAGUUCUACCUAAGUUUGAUCCUUACAGGGGUCAUGGUGUGUGGUUUUAUUACAGACACCAUUGGUACACACUCCAUCUUUGGUGCCUUUGUGUAUGGUCUUGUGAUACCAAAUGGUCCACUUGGGACUGCACUCAUAGAGAAGCUUGAGGAUUUUGUGUCUGGGCUGUUGCUUCCUCUCUUUUUUGCCAUGAGUGGGCUUAGGACAAAUGUUGCAGAAGUUGGAGGGGCUCAAUGGGGCUAUGCCUUCUUCACAUUGACCUUGGCUACUCUAGGCAAGGUUUGUGGCACACUUCUCGUCUGCCUCUACUAUAAGAUGCAAAUGAGUGAAGGGCUCACUUUAGGUCUCCUACUCAACACCAAAGGACUCAUCGAGAUGAUUGUUCUCAAUGUCGGGCGUGACCAACAGGUAAUAACCGAAAGUGCAUUUGCAAUAUUGGUGUUGAUGACAGUGUUGAUGACAAGCAUCAUUAUGCCGAUCGUAAAUGAAUUUUACCGACCGGCGAGACGUUACAUGCCUUACAAGCGUCGAACUCUGCAAACAUCAAAUCCCAAUUCAGAACUCCGGAUCUUGGCUUGCAUUCACACCCCUCGCAAUGUACCCACCAUCAUCAACCUCCUAGAGGCCUCUCACCCAACUAAGAAAUCCCCCAUCACUGUCUAUGCCCUCCACCUAGUAGAGCUCACAGGCCGGGCCUCUGCCAUGUUGAUCGUCCAUAACACUCGCAAAUCGGGUCGACCCGCCCAAAAUCGAACCCAAGCCCAAUCGGAUCACAUCAUUAAUGCCUUCGAGAACUACGAGCAGCAUAUGGGCGGCAUCUCAGUACAACCCCUCACAGCUAUCUCUCCCUACUCUACCAUGCACGAAGACAUUUGUAACGUUUCUGAGGACAAGCGUGUAGCCUUCAUCCUUCUCCCUUUCCAUAAGCAACAAACAGUGGAUGGUGGCAUGGAAGCCACCAAUCCGGCUUUUCGAACUGUGAACCAAAAUGUCUUGGCCAAUGCCCCUUGUUCGGUCGGCAUCCUUGUCGAUCGAGGCCUUGGUGGAACUGCACGUGUGGUAUCAAGCCACACAACCCAUCAUAUUGCAGUCCUCUUUUUCGGAGGACCCGAUGAUCGAGAAGCAUUAUCUUACGCUUGGAGGAUGUCAGAGCACCCAGACGUACAUCUUACGGUGCUCCGCUUCUUAGCAGGAGAAAAUGCAGUGGAGCCUGCAAUACUGGCCAAUGAAAACAGUGAUAUAAGAAUCUUGAAUAUUAUCACAGACAGCGAAAGAGAGAAGCAACGAGACGAAGAGUUCAUAAGCGAGUUCCGGCUGAAAAACGUGAAUGUCGAGUCAAUUGUGUACUCCGAGAAGGUAGUGAACAAUGGAGAGGAGACGGUGGCGGUAAUACGGUCAAUGGAUAACAUCUAUGAUCUAUACAUUAUUGGGAGAGGACAAGGGAUGAUAUCACCAUUGACCGCUGGAUUGACAGAUUGGAGUGAAUGCCCAGAAUUGGGAGCCAUCGGUGAUUUGUUAUCAUCGUCAGAUUUUGCAGCGACAGUAUCAGUGUUGGUGGUGCAGCAAUAUGUUAGUAAUGGACUGGCCGGAUCGCUUGAGAGCCCUAUUCAACAACAAGAUGAUCAGAAUAUCAACCAAUGGACACAGAGGGGUCAAGCAGUUAGCCAUGGCGGAGGAGGAGAGGUUCAGCUAGGGAACAUGCACCAGCGAGGAACAACAGGAAAUGGGUGGUGA